UUGUUGUAUGUAAGUAGUAUAUUAUACUACCUUCGUAUGUACCUUGUAUCGUCAUACAACGACCAUACAGUAGCGUCUUAUCAGCAAUUUUUCAUUUCUUUUUCUUUCAGCAGGCAAACGAGAGCCUGAAGAGGAUGCAGCCAAGCUGUGCAGUAAGGGUAGUUAGUGGCUGUUCCUCGCAUGCGCGAUGCAGCAAAGGCGGGCAGGUAUGUAUCAUUAAAAAAUUGACAACAACUUUAGUUAGCUGCAAAGUACCUACUUACCUUCUAGGCUGGUUGCAGCUGAUGACCAGCUUUGGCGUGUUCCCUUCCCCACCCCUCCUUUGUCUGCGAAAGCGUCCUUUUCUUCUUCUGCAGUUUCACCCACUAUCCCCCCCUCCGGUCAUCGGAUCAUGGUAUGUAUGUAAGGAGUGCCCAGGUACCGGCAAACAAGGCCCCGACAAUCCCAAUAAUCAUUCUUUGAGGAUGCGUUGAGGAUGAAAUGAGUGGGCUGGUUCGAGACACUGUCUGCUUGGUAA